AUGGUUUGGGGCGAGGGAAAGUAAGAUCAGCUCAAACCAACAGGCAUUUUCCACUUUCUGACAAAACCAACAGCUACCGUACGGACGGCGUUUUGGUCGUCGUGGGUCCUGACAAUCAAGUAACAACAUUCCUGAUGAGACAGGAGCUUCUGGCCAAAGCGGGGGCAAUCAUUCCGUCCGCUGCCCAGGAAGACCUCCUGGCACGCACCGGGAAGUUCAGUGUCCUCAAGAAUGUCGAACCCGACCAUUUCAACCUCUACAUGAACUGGCUCAAUGUCUCCAUCAUCCCGCCGCGCAACCGUGCCGACGAGUACGCUGUCCUCUCUAAGCUGUGCAUUCUCGGUACACAAAUCCAAGAUUGGAGAUUCCAGGAUGCGGUCAUUGAUGCUCUGAUCGACAAGUUCAAGAACAGCAUCGUCCCUCUACCUGAUGCCACCACUAUCAACGAGAUCUUCAACGGGCCCAUUCAGUCACAAGCACUUCAGAGGCUGGUGGUCGGGAUGUACGCCCGUCGGCCCGCGAAGAUCGCCUCCUUGACUGACAGCCUUGUUGCGGAGUUCUGGCAAGCGCUAGCGCAAUCUCUCGCGGCGAAAGCGGGUCCUCCCAGUGAGGAAUUCAGCGAAGAGGAGGUUGCAACCAUCAAGCGUAGUGGCGAUCCGCUAGAGUCGGAUACGAAGAGGCGAAAAACUGAACGCUCAAGCGUUGGGGACGAAUACACGACAAGUACCAGGACAGCAACAGACCGCAAAACCGGCCGGGAAAUGCAUGAGGCUAGAAGACACGCAGAAGAUGUCUUACAGUCUCCUGCCCUAGCCAAAGCCCAACUCAGGAGAACAUAUCUUCGACGUCGGCCUAUCACAUUCUCAUUGGCCCGGUUUCCUCUUCUCACUUGCUUACUCAGCGCGGCCGAACAACCUAGCCCCUUCCAAAUUCCCAGGAAAUCCCAACAGCAAACCAACCAGGCGAAAUUUCUCAGGAUUCAUCUUCGGACCCGCUCACAUCCACUUGGCACUCACCGUGCCAAUACUCCAACGAAGCGAAAGGAAAACGAUCCGGAGUAUCAAAGUAUGCAGGAACGCAGAGGAAUGAAGGAGGCGGCAUACCCAACAUCUCCAUCACGGUAA